AAGGAAUAUCAACGUCAACGUCAACGUUUUGUAGUUGAGCUGGUGACCCGGUGAAAUAUUUGUUGCAGUGUAAAUUCUUCGUAUUUAUUUUUGAUGAGUUAUUUAAGUUUAUUUUUGUGAUAAUCAUGAUGGAGGGUUCAUUAAGCAAAUGGACAAAUGUUAUGAAGGGGUGGCAGUAUCGCUGGUUCGUCCUCGAUGAAAAUGCUGGUCUGCUAUCCUAUUAUACGUCGAAAGAGAAAAUGACGCGUGGAGUACGACGCGGCUGCGUGCGGCUUCGAGCUGCCGUCAUUGGGAUUGAUGAUGAAGACGAUUCCACAUUCACCAUCACCGUUGACCACAAGACCUUCCAUUUUCAGGCCCGUGAUGGCUCCGAACGCGAACGCUGGGUUCGUGCGUUGGAAGACACGAUAGCCCGUCACGGUCGACGCGAGCGAUGGUCGCGCUGCGUUCCCGCUCCUGCGCAUCGACACGGCGAUUUGGAACGACGUAUAUCUGAGGCGGACGCGUACCUACAGAUUAUGAUUGACCUUGUUAAUAAAUUAAAUUUAAAAGUAUCCGAAAUUACGGACCCUAACGAAAAGAGCAGAGGCCAGGUUAUAUUGGACCACUCUAACGCUAUGUUGGAGAAUUUCAAACAUUCCAUAGUACUAUUACAAAUUGCAAAGAACACAGUCAAUCCAGUUAACGGCGUGUAUCAAGGGCCAACGAACCUUUCACAGACACAUAUCAAAGAAGAUUUAUCACCACGCGUUGAAUUGGGAUCAGAAUGUCGUGAACUAGCGUCACCAACACUGCCACUCACACCAUUGGAUGCCAUGGAUGCGCCUCGACAAGCGAUGUCCCUCCUAGUACCAGACACGUCCUAUUCAUCUUCUGAAGGCGAAGACGACUUCUACGACGCCGACGAAGAACCGUUACCAGCCGUAGCUCCUGGUCCCAGUGCAAGUCGUACAUGCGCGACGGAGGGUGCAUCCGAGUCAGAGGCUUCGCCCUCUGUCGACCUUCCUAGGACCAGAGACGGCGAAAUUGACUAUGAUGCUCUUUACGAAGAUGACUCGGACAGCGAUCUGGGCUCCAUGGAGAACCAUGGCUCCGUGGUCACACAUCUCCUCUCACAAGUCAAAAUUGGCAUGGAUCUCACAAAGGUUGUUCUUCCUACAUUUAUUCUGGAGAGGCGAUCGCUACUCGAAAUGUACGCGGACUCGUUCGCACAUCCAGACCAAUUCGUUAAGAUAGUGGAUAUGCCGACACCCAGGGAACGCAUGGUACAAGUGGUACGGUGGUACCUAAGCUCGUACCAUGCGGGGCGAAAAUCACAAGUCGCGAAGAAACCAUACAAUCCCAUACUUGGAGAGGUGUUCAGGUGUCAUUGGGAUCUGGAUGGGGUUGAGCCACCUAAUAAUGGAGACAAGAUAGAAGUAGGCGACGGCCCUGUUCCGUGGUGUUCGCCGGAACAAUUAUCCUUCGUAGCCGAACAAGUCUCCCAUCAUCCGCCUAUAUCAGCCUUUUAUGCGGAACACGUCAGCAAACGCAUCCAAUUCGAGGCCUGGGUUUGGACGAAGAGCAAGUUUCUGGGUCUCUCCAUCGGUGUUCAUAAUAUCGGCAAAGGAUUGGUUACGCUCCUGGAUUUGGGAGAAGAGUAUACCCUAACAUUUCCCAAUGGUUAUGGCAGGUCAAUAUUAACGAUCCCCUGGAUAGAACUAGGCGGUUCUGUAGUAAUAGAAUGCGUGCAAACUGGUCAUAAGGCGAACGUGGAGUUUCUUACAAAACCCUUUUAUGGAGGCAAGAAACAUAGAGUCACGUGUGAAGUGUUCGCUGGAACUGAGAAGAAACCGUAUUAUACUGCACAAGGGGAAUGGAAUUCAAGGAUGGAUGGACGGUGGACUGAUUCUGGGCGUAACGAAGUUGUGUUCGACGUGUCGACGAUGAAGACGUGUCGCAAACGAGUCGCACCGAUCAGUCGCCAGUCGCCGCAGGAGUCGCGUCGCGUUUGGAGGUACGUCACGGCCGCCUUGAGAGCCGCGGAUACGGACGCCGCGACUGCAGCUAAAAGGCUGUUGGAGCAGACGCAGAGAGAUGCCGCUAAGAAGCGCGCUGACAGUGACGAGGCCUGGGUCACACAGUUGUUCAGCCCAAAAUCGGACGAAGGCUGGGAAUACAAUAUGCCUUUAAAGAAACGUAUCGAAGGGAAAUCAUCUCCACAACUCAGUCCCACGCAACGAGACAACUCUGAUACAAGAUAAUAUGGACUCUAAAACUAUAGAAUAAGGUAGAUAUUCCUACUGUCGAAUUGAUUAGAAUAGUGACGCUAAUAACUUCAUUGAUAGGUCAAUGACCUUAAUAUUUUUUAAUUAUUUAAUAGCGAAACGAAAUAUUUAAAAUAUAAAACCAUGAGUUGUAUGGAGACUAUAUUGUCAUAGAUUUUUCUAGAGAUUUUUUGUGUACAAUAAGUGAUUUCGUAGUUUGUAUAGGCCCGGUUUUAAUAUGAAAAUGACAGUUGUAAAACGAGUCGUAGUUUAGAAAAUAUGUUAGUUAUACUAUUUAUUUAUAUGCCCGGUUUCGAUAUUAUACUGUUGAGUUAGCAUUUUGUAUCUGGACCCGGUUUUAAUAUGAAAAUAACAGAAUCAUACAUUUAUUGUGGAACAAAAAUUGUUUCUUUAGAAAAAUCUAGAAGUUCAAGCAAACUAUAUUUUUAGUAACUGGUCACACUUUUGGGUACUUGAUCAAUUUAAAAGCUUACCUAUUAAAUGUAGAAAAUGCUAAUUAAUUGCCCUAUCAAUGAAGUUUGCGAUAGUUAAUUUUUGACGCACGUUAAGCGCUUAGUUGCAUUAGGAAAUCCGAGUUAGCUUAUGACAUUAAUAAUGUCAUUAUUGUCAAAUAUAUUUACGAGAAAUGUCAUAUGUAAAAUUUAUCUCUUGAAAUAGGGAAAAAAGUUAGAACUGACAGUUUAAAUAUCAAAGUCGACUUUAAUCGAAUUUAAUUUGACAACCGCAUUUGAACGUUUUAUGAAUUCCCGUUAUUAUUUUAUUCCCUUGUGUUAAAGUGUGUAUACACAAAAAUGUCAGAAUCUUUUUCGUUCUAAGUUUGUCCAGUACUUGAAUUGUUUUUGAGAGAAGAUUUUAUCGACGUUAAUGGUAAAUCCAUUGUGAUAUGUAUUUUAAAGUUUUAUUGAUUCCAAUAUGGAAUUAGACAAUUAUAAGCCAUGAAUAUUGUAUGAAAUUCGAAUACAUUAACGCACACUUCGAUCCAGCAAUUACUCCUUUAUUAUGGACAGGAAUACUUUCUGAGGCGAAAGCUUCGUUUGUUCUUCGUCGUUUUCUUAUGACGCAAAUAAAAAAUGAUUACCUACUCAAUAUCAUGCAAUAUAUGUACAUCAAGAAAGAUUCGCUGUAAAUCAAUC